GUCGAGGAUGGUGAUAUGCGGCCCACCCGUAGUCGCCGCCAGAAAUCCAAGAAGGCAUCGACCAUAAAAUGCGAUCAAUGUCCCCCAAAGGUGUUCAACGCCACACAAGUCCUUGACAGCCAAAGAGUGUAUACAAAAACCGAUGCCCGUAAAUGCUUGCGAACACAGUUCUGACUCUUCGUUUCCUAGUAGGCAGUAACAUAGACAACGUCAAGGAUACCGACCGCGUACUGAAUUCCUGCGGCGAACAGGCUGGUCCUGAUCGAUUCACGUCUGGCGUAUCCGCUCACGAAUUCACGUACUGGAGAGUAAUUUUCAUGUCAAAUGCCUGUCCGCAUCAAGUCGAACAAAUUCUGUUGUUGCCUUCCGGUGCGGCUUGGGGUCCUGAUCAUCGGAGUGUUGGGCGUGGCGCUAGGAGGUAUUAUCGCUGUUGGAGGUAUCAUUCAGUACACUCACCUAGGUGGUGACAUCAAGAAUAAGUUGCCAUAUGUCAUCCAGAUAGUCGUAUAUGGAUUAUACGCGAUUAUAUCUCUUGGCGGAUUAGUGGGGGCUGUCAUCAAACGCAUUGGUUUAAUCAAGACGUUCUAUUUCAUCCUCAUCGUGCAUGUCAUGUUUAGCAUUGCCUCCGGAUCCUUCUCCAUCUAUCGGUAUUUCAAAGAUGCGCCCGACAGCGUGAGAUCAUGUGUCAAUGGAUCCCAGGACGAUCUGGUCGUCGAGGGAUGCGAAAAGGGUGUAUCCGUGAUGAAAGGUGUAUUGAUCGGAGUCUUCGUUUUCGUAUGGUUAAUGGAAAUAUGGGGGUGUAUGAUCGUCAAGAGCUAUUCGAGACAGCUAGAAGAUGAGGCAGAUGUAAAAGCAUAUGCGAAUAGGCAGUGGGGGUAGCUUUCUGAUCAUGGACUGAAUGUGAAAACUUUGAACGCUCUUAUUCGAUGACUACUUUCGGAACACUUGCAGCGAUGACUAUUGUACAACAGAAUUACUCUGUGGAUGACACAAAUCACUAGGCGUAG